UAAACCACGCUAAGCCUCUACUUAGCGUGCUAGCCACCUUACUAGUUAGCUAGCCAAGUUAGCUAUUAACGCGCUAAGAGACAAAAGAAGAUACAGAACACAAUAAUCGAAUUACAAAAAUCACUAACUGAACGCAUAAGCAGAAUUUUCAACAAGAAUGAUUAAAAAACACUAUAGAAAUAUUAUUAUAUUAAUAUACUGAGAUGAUGAUAAAACGAGCGACUUCGAGGCUAGUAUGGCUACAAACAGGCUGACAGGACGCGAUCGGGACAUGAAGCUAUGUAUCGGUAGGAAGUUGAGCGGAAGUGGGCGAUGCUACAUUGUGCAAAGGUCUGAAUACUAAACGGUGUGGAUCAUUUACAUAAAGAGGAGUGACUAUGAAUGUUAUGCCAGACUGAAGCUGUAUAUACAGAUAUAUCUGAGUCUGGGACAGGCAGUUGCUCCAUGGACCAUCUCGGUUUGUUACUUUGUAAUUAAGUCUGUACUGAACUCACAAGCUCCGGUAUCUGAGAUAUUAUUGAACCAAUAUUUAUUCGACACAACGCGUCCAUGCACGAUGAUGUAUACAGAAAUGGUUUCAUUCUGAAAUACCAAAAGGCAGUAGGCGAAACUGAGGAGACAAGGAGAAUGCAGACCUGUACCUGGACCCAAAGUGGACUGGAUCGAUCCGUCGCUGGACAAUCCUCAAGUCCCCAAGUUACCAGUGGUCAGAUGAGUGUGAUUCCAAGCAGCUAUUCUCGUCAAUAUGGCCCAGUCAGACCAGCUGUCCUGUAUAUAGAAGGUGGUCAAUGCCUACCACACAGCGGACAAGUAACCAGUGGAGGUUACUGGAGUGGACCAACCCUGAAUCAACAGGCUUCAAUGGUUUACAUAAACUCAUCUCAGCAUUCACCCACCAGAGAGCAAGUUCUAAUGGGUACUAGUCCCCUUUUGACAUCACCCUGGACUAACAAUGCAGCGGCUGCUCAAUCAACUAGUGUUACAUCACAAAGUGGAAACAAUCACACCUUGCCCGGAAGGGUUAACAGUGCAGCUCAACCCACUUUCCAGCAGGGACAGGGGUUUUUGGGUGUUAAAAGUAACAAUCCACAGGGGCUCGUAAAGGAUGGUCAGGGUGCAACCAUUCACUGCCCCCCUCAUAUUAAUGCACCACUGAAUACAAAUGUUAUGUAUCAUCUAAGCCCAGUGAGUGGCAGUCAGCAGCUUGUACUUGGCAGACAAGAGGGGGCCUCCAGUGGUACCUCUGCUUCUCUUGCAAUGAGUAGGAGCCCCAACCAUGUAAAUCAUAAAUUGAAUGUAGUGAGUGGGCAGGAUUCAAGAAGGAUAGCAGUUCAAGCUCCUCAUCAGGGAAACCCACAAACACCAAACUCUUUGAAAAGUGCACAAAAUCAAAACAAUGACAGCAGGACUGAGAUGAACAGGGUUCAACAUGGAGCACCUGUCCACACUGGCUCAUCAAAACACAGUCAAAUGUAUCCCUCUCAACUUCUCACUGGCAGCAACAACCAGGUCAAUGUACCAAAUGCUGCAGUGGGGCAGUCAAUGCCAAUGCAUAACAUUAGCCAGAAUCCUCAGUACAAUGUUAUGUAUAACCCUCCUUUUAAUAAUUUUCCAAGACAUGUCCCCAACUGCCCUAAAAGCCUUCCCAUCCCACCACAACAGAACAGACUCCCAUCUUAUUGUGCAAAUAAUAACAGUCAGGCAGGGCCUAUUGGAAGUAAUGCACACCAUGCCUCUCAUUCUAGGUUCCAUAUCCAAGGCACAGGCCAUACCCUACAUUACAAACCAGACUGCACCAAUGUUCUGGUAUCCAACACUGGACCAUCUUCAUCUGUGCCAAACUAUAGUAUACAGUCCUCAGUCCAGCACAACCGUGAGACCGCGCCUCCACCAUACCCAGGCCAGCACAAGCGUAAGUCCGCGCCUCCACCAUACCCAGGCCAGCACUCCCAUGGACCCGUGCUGAACAAGACAGAACGUGUGGUUGUGGCAGGAGCGCAUUUUCUGCAACACAUGCCUAACCAAGGCGCAGCCCCUACCCUACAUUACAAGCCAAAAAACAAUUCUGUUCAGUUAUCCAAAACUGGACCAUCUUCAUCUGUGCCAAACCAUGAUAUGCUAUCUUCAGGCCAGCGAAACUGUGAGUCUGGGACUCCAUCACACCCCAUAAGACAGGGCUAUUACAUAACAGUAACAGAGGACGAAAGUGGAAAUGGAUUUAGAACAGAAAAUUGUAUUUUCAUAGGAGAUAAACAUAAUGAAAGUGCUCUGGUCCCGCAAGGAUCAUCUGCAAGUAAUGCCCCCUCUGUUCUUAUGGCACAGAAGGCCGUUGCAGUUGUACAACCACUAUUGCAGUGUAUGCAGACAAACACGCCUCUAAAUGUGGCUGAUAAAAUCUCCUUGACCACCCAAGCUAUGUCUUUCUUAACAGGUGUCGAAAAUGUGAGCAACCCUGGGGAACAAUCUUGUGUCCAAAGUCCAUCACAAGCCCAAACAACCCUUACUCUAUCUGCUUCUUUGACAAAUGAAUCUGAACAAGAGGUCCCCAGGAUCAGACUAGAAUCAGGGGCUGAUAAAACAUUGACUCAGGGUUCAGAAACUUCUGAUGUUGAAAUGACCAAUACAUAUUCAUGUUUUAAGUCUCAACGGUCAUUAUCAAACGGGUUACGUGCAGAGAAAUUUGAUUCUCAACCAUUAUCUAAUGUGGAAUGUCAAGCCACUCAGAGAAAAGAGUUAGCUGACACAGAAAUGACCACUCAUGUGCAUGUUAACCAAUUGAGGGAGGAAACGGAUGAAAAAGUCGAUUCCGAUGAGGACAUUUUUGAAUUGUCCUCCAUUCCUGUAAUCAAAUGGACCCUUGGUAAAUUGAAGGAGUUGGUAGAUACUGUGCAAAGUCAAAAAUGCACUGCCACACCAGUUGAAAGCAAAAUACUAAGCCUCUAUUGGGAUGGAGAUGGGCCAAAGCUUAUGGAUGCUGCAAGAUCUGGUAUGUUACAAAAUAUAAUGCAAGAGGUUAGAUCUGUGUGUGGCGACGAUGACGAUAUGUCAUCACAGUCUGUCAUAUUUUCGCAAGCUAGGCGCAAAAACUGGGGUCAAGUUGAAGAGAAAUGUGCCAUUCUUAAACAUGAUUCUGUUCACCCCGAGUUCCCGGCGCAAGAGUCAUCAUGGUUGAACACAAAUAAGCAGCUUGAUGACAUAGACAAGGAGUUUGGAUUCCCAUGGUCACUAAGAUAUGACCAAAAGACUCUUCAAAGAGGAGAUGAACAACCAAAACUGAUUUUUCCCGAAAAUGAAAAAUCUGCAGACUCUGCCAAUGACAUGCAGACUGAGGUGACUCCGGCGAAGAGACCAACACCCUCUGAUUCUGAUGCUAAAGAAAUUCAAGGGUCAGGUUUGGCACACAGUCCCACCCAGACCCUCUCACUGGUUAAGAGAGAAAAAGCAGGUAUCAUUUUUAGUGACCCAUUUUCUUCCUUGGAGAUCAACGUGCUGACACCAGAAGAAGCUUUACAGUUUUUCAGUGGGCAGCUACUACAAGAUGAAGUGAACGAAGACCUGUUGGAAUUGCCAAUGGAAAUGGAUGCGGAGCAGAUUGAGUUGAAAGAUUACUCAGUGGAGGAUAAAUCAUCUGAGAGGGUAGAUGUGAAGUUGACUGAUUUAAAACUCGAAAACAAAGGAGAUGUCCAAUCAGAAGAUUACUGUUGCCUCUCUUGUUGGAUGGCAGUGUUCAGUGGGUCCACCAAUUCUUCGUCCUGCAAAUGCCAAUACAAGACUAAAUUGGGUUCAGCAAAGGCCACUGUGAAUGCGACGGCGUUGGUUGAGGUAACAUUGUCUGUUGAACCCAGCGCAACAAAAGCAGAACAAAGGACAUGCGCGUAUUUGUGUAAAUCAAAUGGCACAGCAGAAGAAAAGAGUGAAGAGAAUCCUGUAAAAUAUGUGAAUCCUCAAUCUUGGAAAUCUACAGGCAUUGAAGAAUGCCAAACAAUUGUCUUGUCUGAUAGCAAAUCUGAGACUGCUCGCAUAUAUACAAAUGGGGUGAAGAGCUUGCCUUUGUCAAAAGCCCCAGCACUGCAACUCCCCAUCAACCACACAAACUUUGUUGAAAUUGAAGAGGUCUUCUCGCGUUAUGAAGACUUAAUCAAAGUAGCCACCCCAAUAUCGGAGCUAGUUUGGGACGAUAUACAGCCAAAGCAGAAACUACCAGGUCUGUUCCAGAAACAUAUGGAUUGUGUACAAGAACUUUGUGUCAUUUUGGAAGAAGGAAACUCUAGAGGUGGUGAAGUCAUUCCCACAGUUCCCAUUCCUACUUCUAAUCUGCAACCCCAACCAACAGACAAAAUCGGUUUCCUGACAUCACUUUCCUUGGCACAAAGAUGUCACAAACAUCUCUCUCCUAAAACAAAUCAUAGCUACAAGGUUAAACAAAAAGGGGUUGGACUCCAGAGAAGAUGUGUUGAAAGUCCUCAUUCAAAUUUGCCUGUCCCAAGAAAGCAAAGGAAAAUGAGGGAUGGAUUAGGUCCCUCCUUUCAACUUGUUCCUGAGGUCAACUUGACUGAUGAUGAUGAUGAUGAUGAUUUUGAGCCACCCAAUACAACUACUUCUAAAUCUUUGGAAGAAGAGAAACAUUCAAAAGGUAGCAAUCUCCAGAAGCCAACAGAACAUGGAAUUGGGAACAACAUUUGGAGGGAUGGCACAGUAAGUCUAGCCUUGUUUGGUUCCGCGCUCCAGAGGAAAAAUGGGACUUCAGCAACUGACCAACGCAAGGACCAUAAUUCUUCUCGAGCCAGACCUUUUGCAGACAAUUUUCCAGCACCUCCUAUAACCCUCAGUGUGAUUGUCAACUCCUGGACAACGGAGCCCUCCGAGACCAGUCCUCCAGUGGAAAGCCCAAUCAAACAAUGGAUCUUAAACGAGUGGAAUAAUAGUUUUAUCCCGACAAAGACAAGGUCCAGGGGCAAAGUGCCAAGACUACAAAACAGAAGAGGCUUUGCUCCAAAGAUUAUUUGUGCUGAAAUGGCCAAAAAGAGUGUUGCCCUCACCAACACAGAUAGAGGUGCAUUAUCCUCUGAAAGGCGAGCCACACCAGAAAGAACUGUAAAGGCCAAGCAGACUUUGCGGCGCAUUGAAAAAGAGAGAAUAUUAAGCGGACUGAAACUCGGACUGAAGAAAUCUAGGAUUGAGGCAGUGCCAUCCGGUAUCCCUGAUAUAGUGGAAAAAAGUAAAUAUGAGAUCGGAAACCCUGCUCCUUUGCCUCAUGAGAACAGUCUUGUGUUUAGUGUGCUGCCGGAGUCGUUCAACUUCAAAGAAAUCAUGGACCCUCCGACACAGACAGGUUCAAUGAAUGACAUGGCUGGUACGGUUGCUGCGAAGGCUGAGAGUCCUAAGACGAUAGUCCAAAAAUCCCAAGAUUCAAUUGACGCAACCCUUUACAUGGUGACUCUGACGUGAUCUGGUUGAAGGACUACGCUGGAAACUGUCCGGCUGAUUGGGCAUUGCUGUCGUCGGACAGUGUGUCUCACAAACUAGACCGGUCAACUAAAAAAGGUAAGCAGACACCUAUUGUGAAUAACUAAAGUUCUGCACAUUGGCAUUAUCCAAAUGUAUUUUGUGAGAUACCUGUUUGAUGUAAGUAACCACAUUUUAUUAGUUUAUAUUGGUAAAUGAUCAUAAGGAAUACAUAGUGGUGAAUGCAAUUUUGACUGGCCAGGUAUUCUAUGAUAUAACGAACGAAUGUGAUGUACUCGGUGAGACGCCAAGUGUGUAUGAUUUAGGGUGAGACGCCCAAGUGUGAGUGUGGGUGAUGACUUAUAUAACAGCGAAUGAUGUGUACUAGGUGAGAUGCCAAGUUUGUAUGUGGUAGGUUGAAGCUUACUGGUAUAAAUGAAGAUUUAGAGAUGCUCAAAUCGUGUGAAAAAAGUACACUUGAUAUUUCAGUUGGAGCUGGUAUCAGUUUGAAUAAUUUAAAAGGUCCGGGACCUGCAAAUGAGACGUCUGCGUUAUAUGAAGUAGAAUUGCCGCAAAAUUGUAGUACAUUAGAUAUUUCAGUUGGAGCUGGUAUCGGUGAGAUUGGUUAUAAAAGGUCGCGGACCUACGGAUGAGACGUCUGUAACAGAGUUAUAUCAUUGAAUAUUGAGGUGUGCAUGAAAUACGGGAAAAGUGAAACAGUAAAGUACAUUAAGAUUGGCCCUGAAUGUAUACAAUUUAUACACUCCCUAUUGUGUGUGUCUGAUUAAUUUGAAUACAUAUUUGAUCAAAUUUCUUAUAUAAAGGAUUGUUAUUUCCAUUUAGAAAGAAGUACGAUAGUUAAGGAGUUUUUAAUUAAAGAGAGCAACAGUGUGAAUGUAUUAAGUAAGGUACAUAUUAGAUACGGGGGACGUGAUACAAUUUGUACAUUCCCCACUGGGUGUGGCCGUGAUUGACGGGUGGAUUACCUUAUUCUCCCGUGUACAGUUAAAUAAUUACUGUUUCAGAGAUAAGUAUAUUAAUAAAAAUAAUAGAAAAAUUAGUUGAGCCCAAUCUUAAGGCUUAAAAAUAUAUUCCUAUUUAAACAUACUCCAGGAGAUAAAUAAAAACCCUACCAUGGAGCACCAAAAUGUUGAAAAAAUGUUGAAGACAUUGAAAUCCACCUUAGAAAUAAAUGGUGGUAAAGAGGGAAAGGAAUGGAAGAAGAGAGGAGAAAACUAUACAGUGUCAGGAUUCCCAAAGUGGUGAGUGAAGGAGUCAGACGCAGAGAGCAGGGUAGUUCAAAAAGGACGUGGAUUUAAUAUUCCAAAAUACCAGAGAGACGGUCACGCCACACACACAAGGGCGCGUAAAGUCCCAGUCCAAACAAACAGGACUAAACAGAAUAGGAACAGACACCACAAGAAUGAACGAAACACCACAAGCAGAAAAACAAGCCCGCACAAAAGUCGGCGGGCCAACUGGGUUGAAAUAGCCCACAAUCAAACCUAAACACCAAACAGGUGCAACAAAUCAGACACAACUAAAUGAAACAGAAAAGGGGAUCGGUGGCAGCUAGUAGGCCGGAGACGACGACCACCGAGCGCCGCCCAAACGGGAAGAGGCACCAUCUUCGGCGGGAUUCGUGACAUACAGAGAAUGGAUAGAGGAGGGCAGCAUUGCCGCGCCCACUGGUCUCCCAGUCGACGGGGAGCCUGGUAGAAUACUGGAGACUCUGAAACGUAAAACAUAUAAAUCCAGUUCCGAGUGGAAACAAGAGGGAGGGAUACGAUUAGUUAGUGUUUGUUUAGGAUAUAAACUGAACGUUUUAAUAGCUUGUUGUCACAAGCCGGCUCAUAGCCUGUGACAAAAAUGAGGGGACACGAACAACAGGUAUAGGCCAAUUUAAAAGUGUUCUUUAUUAUAAACAAACUAUUAACUUAAACUAAGAAAUAGGAAUGAGGUGUGGAUGUAUCAUAAUGUAAGGUGUAUGUAAAGUGCAUGGAUGUGUGAAUAUGUGUGUGUGAACAUGACUGAGUGAAAACUAUGCAAAACUUCAAAGGAACAAACAAAUCAUGAGCAUACCUGGAGGAGCAGAGAGAGAGAGAGAGAGGUGAUUAGUAAGCAGUUUUAUACCCUGAGCCCAGGUGGCUCCAAUCACUAACGACCCUCCUCUGCCUGCAGGAGGAACCGCCCCCUGCACUGCAGAGGAGGAGCCAUGACACUUGUUUAGGUUAAAUUGAAAGACUAAUCCAUUCUAAAUAAUAGCGGGGCGAUUUCGAUGGAAUGCGUUGUCUUGCCUAAAUGGUCCGCUGGAACAACGUAUUGGGAAUGGAGUCGUGUUUAAAAUACUGAAUCAUAGGAGAGUCAUUUACCUAAAUCUAAUGAAUUCUAAAUAAUAACGAAGAGACAAUUACGAUAGAGUUGUGCCCAUCGGAAUGUUAUUAUUCUUAUGGAUUGACUGACGUGUGAUAUAAAUUUAGCGAGGUACAUGGUGUUUUAAAAGUUGGAGUAGAGAAAGUUGGAAAGCAUGCGAUAGAUUUAAAACGGAGCUCGGUUUGAGUAGAGGGCAAAUUGCAGGAGGCAGGUUUGGUUGUUGCUAACUAACGUUGUGAUAUCAUUGAGUUCUAACGUAAAACUGUGUCAUAAAGUAGAAUACACCAUAACAGUACUCAAAUUGAUUUGACAGUUGUUCGGGUACAGCCGGUGGAGCUGAUUUUAUGUUAAAGGGACAGUGCACGUUUAUCACAGGUAUGUGUGUCUAAUGGCAGGGUAUUCCUAUCAAUCAUUUUGGGGAGACUGUUUGAAGAGAGACUGAAUGGGUUUUAGAUAUAACCAUUAAGGAAAUUUAAAACGAAUGAUUUGAGGGAGUACAAUAUAAUUAUUUUAGAAGUUUUUAGGUUUUGUUUGUAGUAAAUGUUUGGGUUUGAGGGGAUUUCCAUGUUUCCCAGCGAAAAGAUA